AUGAUAGUGAGGAUAACAGAUCGGAUGAGGGAUCGGAAGACGAUGGUGAUUCAGGAGAGGACAGCGGAUCAGAAGAGGAGAGAAAUGAAGAGGUCAAGGCCGAGGAUAGAAUAGACACCGGAAGGGAAAUGAGGGGGGAAAUGGAGUCCUAUAAAUCAGAGCAGCUUACCAAUCACUGCACCUGUACACAGCCAUUCUGAAAUUAGCCCACCCAACUACCUCAUCCCCAUAUUGUUAUUUAUUUUGCUAAUUUGCACCCCAGUAUCUCUAUUUGCACAUCAUCUUUUGCACAUCUAUCAUUCCGGUGUUAAUUACGAAAUUGUAACUAUUUUUGCACUAUGGCCUAUUUAUUUAUUGCCUUACCUCCAUAACUUACUACAUUCACACACACUGUAUAUAUAUUUUCUGUUGUAUUUUUGACUUUAUGUUUUGUUUACCCCAUAUGUAACUCUGUGUUGUUGUUUUUAUCGCACUGCUUUGCUUUAUCUUGGCCAGGUCGCAGUUGUAAAUGAGAACUUGUUCUCAACUGGCUUACCUGGUUAAAUAAAGGUGAAAUAAAAAAUAAGAAGGCAAGAGACAGAUGGUUAGGAGAAAUGCAGUAUUAUCAUAAGGAGACGUAUACUUGGUUGAAUGAGGAGGAAUGGAGGGAAAAAGAGGCAGAUGAGGUCUAAGAGAGAGAUGGAGGAAGAUUGUGAGGUUGAGUCUGGUACAAAUGGCAGGAAAAAGGGAGAAGGUUUGUUAAAGAAGAGUGGUAGGAAAUGUAAGCAAAGUGCGCUGAAGACAGGAGUAGAAAUUGAAGUGAAUGAGGGUGAAGUAUCUGAGGUGGAAGGUGUGGUGAAGCACUUGGAGGCUGAGGAUUGCACAGCGGGUCAGGAUGAAGAUGAGUCUGUGACAGUAGGAGUGAAGUUUGUGGAAAAAGUGGACCCUUGCCUUUUGGCUGAUCCAAUUGUGGUUUCAAGAUGGGUGAAAAAAAGCGUUGGGUAAAGUGUAAUCGGUGAGGGUAACAAGAAGUGGUCUAAUGAUAAUUGUUUGUGUUUUUGUUGGUCAGAGGGAGAAGGCACUCAGGAUUAAACAAAUGGGGGAAAGAAUUGUGAAUUGUUUCGCUCUUAAGAAAAGGGCGCCAUUGAGAGGAGUGAUUACUGGGGUAGCAGUAAAUGUAAAAAUGGAUCAACUGAAGGAGAAGAUUCCCGGUGUGUGUGAUGCUCGUCGUUUGGUGCGACGUAAACAGGGUGGCGAGAGGGGGGAAACAGAAGAGUCAUUGUCUGUUCUUUUGAGUUUUGAAGUUGAGUCUUUGCCUGAGAAAGUGAGGUUAGGAUAUACAAGUUAUCCAGUGCGAGCAUAUGUGCCGAAUACCUUAAGAUGUUACAGGUGUGUCGUAGUAAAUAUAAAAUGUUAUAGAUUGAUCUGAGUAAUAUGUUGUGCAAGAGGUUGUGCAAGACAAAUUGUGUUAGGAGCUUGUUUUCAAUAAAUGUUCUGUGUCAUGUGUCUGAUACUAACAGUGUGUUAGUUGUCUGUGCAUAACAUUUUAGUAGCGAACAAAGAACAGAGCACCAGAUGGCCUAAUCUUACAGGAGUACGAUAACUGGACAACACCCACACCUCAGGCCCAAGGCCCCCACCAGUUGCUUCUCACGAGUUUCCUUUGACACACACAGACAUCUCAUUUGCACGCACACUCAUUCUCAACUCCCCACGAGUUCUUUGACACACAAACCUUUCAUUUGCACGCACACUCAUUCUCAACUCCCCUUCUACUGGUCGGGUGCCAAGGGCAGAGGACUCUGCCGUGCACCAAUGGGGCAUCUGCUCUGGACAGAGCAGACCCGCCUCCUACGCCUCGGGAACCAAUCAAGGGACUAGAAGAAGGACCCCUUCCUUUAUGUUACAUUGUAUAAAGUAAUGCUGUAAACUCUGUUUAAACAUCCUUCUCAACUGUCUCCAUAAGAGGCAAUUGAUUGGGUCCAUGCAUGUUAAUUAGCAGGAUCCCAUGCAUGUAGCCUAACAGUACAAGAUAUCUCUGUGUUUAAUAAACUGCCUUUUGCUUAAGCAAAUUCCUCUCUGUCUAGCGUCGUUGGUUUGUACUUCCUCUCCUAAUUAUGUGUUCACCAACAAAUGUCAAAUUUAUGGGCAUAUGGCAGCAGUGUGUAGGAGGGAGAUUCCAAGGUGUGAGAAGUGUGCAGAAGGGCACGAGACAAAGGAGUGUGAAGCAGUGGGGAAAGUGGUGGUGUGUGCUAAUUGUAGGUGUGGCCAUGGGGCUGGGGAUCAGACAUGUCCAGUGCGAGAGAAGCAGGUUGAGGUAUCCAGGGUAAGAGUAAAGAAGAAGUUGUCAUAUGCGGAGGCAGUGAAGAAAGUAGAGGAAGAUGGGUCAAGGGGGAGGGAUCCUGAGGGAAAUGGUGUGAGUAGUAGAGAUGUACCAGUACAGAGGGAUAAACCCGAAAGUUAUGUUUCAGUAAGAAUUUUUAGCGUUUAUAGCAAUGGUUAUUAAUUGUACUGCAGGGAUGGAACGCACAUCAAAGAAAAUUGAGGUAGUGGUGGCAGCUGCAGAGAGAUAUUUGGGUGUGCGAGACUUGACAGCAGAAGAGUUACAGGGAGUGUUAAGUGGUGAUGUCCCAUCAUUUCAGGUUGCGGGCAUGAGGUAGGAGUGAGUAUAUUUAAAUAGUGGAGAAGGGUGAGGUUAAUUAUUAGUAAUAGUUUUGAAUUUGUGAGUGUUGUGUUAGAUGGUAGGGUAUUUCUUUGCUUUGUUUUAUUUUUUAUUUGUCAAGGAAAGAUAAGGGAGAUGAACUCCAGUCUAGUAGGUGGCGGUAAUGCAACAAAUUGGAUGCCAACCGCCGUUAAACCUCAUUGAAGAAGAAGAAGAAGAAGAAGAAGAAGAAGAAGGCAAACGCAUGCCAUCCCGGUGUACAUCCAAGUGCUAUCCACCCUCGGGUGUUUGGCAACGGGAUCUUGCCGAUCCACAUCACACAGCCCUCGAUGAGCCAAAGUUUUGGAUGCAAUCAUCAGAAAAACGAACAGUAAAGCAUACAAUUUCCAUACACCAUCGCACAACAGGUUGAAGUCUUCUUUGCCAGCAAUGGGUUCCCAAAUACGAACAGAGCAAUAGACGGCACCCACAUAGCCUCUCCAGAGGCUUUCCACAGGCUUUAAACGGAUGAUUUUGACCAUAUUUGGUUAAUUAGGGGCGUUUCGAAAUGCAAACAGCCAAGGUCGUGAACCAGCACUGAGGCUGAAAACAAUUGGUAUUUAUCAAUGGUUAUCUCCUAGCGGUGUGCUUAUGACGCUGGUAGGGUUGUUUGAUAAAGCACACUUUUUUUAUGCUUACAAACAUUCUAAAUUCCGUUUGAAUAGUUUCAAUUCAAUAUUGAUAAAAGAGGCCCCAGGAGUUUUCUUCAAAAAGCUCUUACAUUAAAAGGGCAUUAUCAUUUUCACAACUUCAGUGUUAUUGCAACCUCAUAGUGUGGAAGUAGCGUUAAAAAAACAGGAAUAUCACAUUUCUUACUGAACUGCACCUUUAAAUAAAUAUUUUCUGGAGGACAACUCUACUCAGUGUUAAGUGUGUAGGCCUACAUUUGAGACCCAGAAUUGCAGAAGAGCAGUUUGUUUAGAUAAAGACCAAGAAAACAGAACAGGCAGCCGAGUCUGGACAGUGUCAGUUUCCUCUCACUCCAUAUCCUUCCUCUUACAUAACCCUGAACUGGAUGCCUAUUCACACUCCAUUUGCAUUCCUUAGGACUCCACAAUCCUCUCUGGCAUUAGUUUUCUGUUUUCAGAUCAGUGAGGAGUAUGGACUGGACGCUGCUUAUCCUUCUGGUUGUUCUGACCGUGGUCCAUCGGAACCUGACCGUGACUGUCAGAACUGGGUCAGGACCACCAGUGGGGUCUGAUAAACACCCAAACAGUGUUCCUCUGGGCGAGGACACAAAGCCAACUAUAGAGGUGAGUGAGCUACAAACCCCUAGAAUUCUCUGCUCAGAGGAGGCACAUCAGUAUAUACUCAGUAUAGGCCUACAUAACAUGGAGAAUGAGUCUCCAGUUUGUUUUGCAUGAAAAUACUACUUUGACUUAGCCUUGUCUAGCUUCUUGCUGUGAUACAUAUUAGAUAGUAUUUCACAACCGAGUUGUGCUUUUCUGUCGAAUCCAGAUUAGAUCAAAUUCAGGCAACAAAAUUCUAACACCACAUAACCGUCUGCUAAGUAAACAAUGACACCCUGGUGAAAUGGUUGUAUUAGAUACAUCUUCUUUAAAUCAUCAUCAUUACAACAUCAACAUAUGCUGUACAUAGUACAAAACCAGUUAAUAUACAUGCCCAAGUUGAAGUCAAAACUUUGAGUUUGCCUCAAGUCUUCAUAAAAACUGCUAGGCUGCGGGACAAGGCUGUUUGCUGGAGAGCAGAGGCCGAAUGGAUAUAAAGUCAGUAAUAAAUAGAUACUUUAGGACAAGAGAGUAUGGGGGUGGAAACGAGGGUGAAUCAAGGGAAUUCACUUGGACAUCUGUCUGACCAUUUGUAGCAUUUUGAAUGCACAUACGAUAUAUUACACCUACCUUGGUAAGGCAGAGCCCAGUAUGUUUACAGUUGAGCACUUUGUAUGUUUGUGUGUGUUUGUUGAGCAUUCCAUUGCAGUACUGCAAUGUGUUUACAAUUCAGUGAUUGUGCGUGUGUGUUGUUCACGCUCAGUUCUUCCACUUCCCCUUCUUGGCAGGCAGCUGUCCCGUUGACUCCAGGUAUUUGUUGAUGAGCUCCUCCUGAGUGCCAGGCAGACAGGGCUGGUAUCUGCUGUACUCCAUGGUGUACUCUUCUUUCCCCUGGACACAACACACAUAUAGAAAGGAUCAUAGACUGAGAAAUGACUUUGGUACAAAGAAAUUAACUGAAAAAAAUUAGCUAAUACAAACUCAAUUCAAUAUCAUUGAAAAUGUAUGGCUUGAUAUCCAACUAGAGCAGCCAGUGCCUUACCUCUGUACAGGACCGGAGCUCUGUGGCGUAGCCAAACAUGUCAUUCAGUGGAAUCUGGGGAGAGGAAAUGGAGAUUAACCAUCAAAUACAUAGUGACUGGACAGACGUUUAACCUAUCCUGUCUUUGCAGAAAGAAAAAAGCAUAGGAAGUAUGAGUAGGACAGAGCUGCACUCACAUCAGCAUACAACGUAAAGUAGCCCUCCGCCCCAUCCUGCCCACUGAUGACGCCAUGGCGACGGUUGACCCCGGCGAUGACUGUCCCUUGGAACUCAUCGGGCGCCACAAUUUCUACUGACAUGAUUGUCUCCAGCACGGCAACGUUGGCCUUCUCCAUGGCUACCAAAAGAGGGACAUGGAUGGAAGGAGAGGACACAUUCAGUAGGUUUGUCAAAAAGCUGAGAAGCACAGAAAAGGUAUAGAGGGAAAAAUAUGCGAGAACAACGGGGGUGUAUUCUGGUUGGUUGACACCCACCGCCCUCCCCUGCACGGAUGAAGGAGAUCUCAUUCGAGUCCACCAUGUGAUGCGCUCCAUCUUCCAAUAGGAACUUGAUGCCUGAGCUCUUGUGACCAGUCAGAGGGCCUUUCUCACAGGCCUCUCUGAAUCCCUGCAGGAGAGGGGGAUGAGUGAGGAGAUGGAGAAAGAGUAAGACAGCGGUGGGCAAACUACGGUCCGCAGGCCCAUUCAAUCCGGCCCAGGGGAGGUUUGAGUAAAAGAAAUGUAGACGUUAAAAUGAACCUAUAUAUUUUCAAAUGAGUGCCCUUUUUGUAGCCCACAAAUUGAUUUUGAAACUAGAAUAAAAAUAUAUGCAGCCCUCUGUUGAAUUUCGAAAUCCCGAUGUGGUCCUCGAGCCAAAAAGUUUGCCCACCCUUGGGGUAUGAGAGAAAUUCUAGUAGAACUCUUAUCUGAAUAAGCUACAGGAUUAAAAAAAUAAAUAUCAUAAUUACACUUACUCAAGGGCCUAUUUGAUUUUCAGACUACAGCCAGACAUGCGUACCUUCUCAAUAGCCGGCACAAACUGUUUGGGGAUGUUGGUUCCGACAGUCUGGUCUUCAAACUCCACUUUUGUGUAGUUCUCUUGGUCCAGAGGUUCCAGAACUCCUAUCACUUUACCGUACUGCCCAGAACCACCAGACUGCUUCUUAUGGGUGAAGUUAAACCUGCAGAGACAAGCACAUAGCCAACAUCAGUAACUCAUUCAGAGGAUUUUCAUUAAAGCAUUGCUAAGUAAAGAACUGCCAUAGUUGCCCAAACGAUCAGUACUUACAAAGUAGCUGUAUGGUCAUUUGCCAUGCUUUUAUGUUACAGUAGAGCGAGGAAAGGGGAAAUGUGUGGCCUGUCUCUUUUAAAAAGGGGUGGUCCUAACUGAAUUCCUGGCUCGGGAGAAGCAGGAAGUUGUUUCUACCCCUGCAUGUGGCUGCUUUUCCAGCGGUCUGUGAGUGUCUUGACAGCAAUAGCUUCUCAAUGGCAGGGAGUCUCGGUCUUUCCAGGCACAGGCAAGAACACUUUCCUCCCUGACAUUUUCUACCCUCCCCUUACUCAAUAUAUUCUCCCACUCGGUCUUCUCCUUAUCUAGAACUAGGGCAGGACAAUACUUCCGCCACCCUGCCCCCGCACACACAGAGAGUUCAAAGACCCAUCUGAGCAGGCAUUCCCUACCUGUCCUCACCACCCUCCUUUCUCUCUCAUUCCUCCUGUUCGCUCUCAUUCCCCUCUCUUCUCUCCGGUGUGGAUUAGGUGAGCGAGGUGGUGAUGACGACUGGCGUGCUGAACCCGAGUCACUACCCUGGCCGUCGGGCAGCCACGGUGGUCCAACACUACCUGAACACCCGCUAUGGCUCGCCCUACAGGUGGAUAUUUCUCAGCAAAGUACACAACGGCAGCGCAGAGGUACGAGUGGAGAUGGGAGGAUCAGCAUACUUUGGGGAGUGUGGGGGGCAGGGGCAGUUAAUAUUAUAAGGCAAAGAAGGAUCCUUGAAGAAAGGGAUGGAUAUGGGAGGUCCGUGCAGAUAAAAAGUCAAUGAUCAAUAGUGCAUACAGUGGGGGCUUGUGAGGGGGCAACGGCUUUAUGGAACAUAUUUUUGUUUGCUUACACUUGUCUUAAGUGGUUCACUUCUGCUCUCUCUCGCCUUGGCUGUCAGGAUGUGGCAGAGAUGGGGAGGAAGUAUCAACUGGAGCUUACCGUGCAGGAGAUGAUCAGUAACGUAAGAUCCGAUUCACAUUCUCUGAGUGACUCACUAUUGCACAGAUAACAGCAGUCUGAAUAAAUACAAGGUGUGUUCUGUAACCAUUAGAUCAACAACCUCUAUUUUCCUUCUCUUAUUUUUCCUCUCCUGUGUCUUCCCUCUCCUAACAUACUGCGACACCAUUCCUUUCCUAUUCUCCACUUUCUCCUCAACCCCUCACCCUUUCCUCUCCCUAUAAAAGGUUUCGGGGCAGUGCUCUGCAGAGCUCCUCUUUCCAGGGGGAGAGGGGCAGAGUGCUCCCCAGGUCCAGGCUUCCUGUGAGGGACUGCUUCAAAGCAACACCACGGCUCAGGAAGAGGCCUUCUACCAGCAACACAGAGCCAGCAAUAACAUGGUGUCAGGAAAAGAUAUACCAAGUAGGUAUAGAGCCACAAAUACACACAACUCAGUCAGCCAUGGCAUAAUGUCCAAACAUGACAACCACUGAAAUGACCAUCUCUUUGUUCAGACUGUGGUCCAUUUGUGGUCUAACUGACCCCAUCUCUGUUCUGACCGUGAUGUGUUUGUGGUCUCUUUGACAGACAGCUACGGUCACAUGGAGCCCAGCAUGAAGCCCUUCUGGCACCUGGGGGGUGUGGCCUCCAGUUUCAUCAUGCUGAGGGAGUCUAAUGAGAGCACGCUUUACAACAUGGCCCAGGUGGCCAACUUCACACAGCUGGUGAGCAGCCAAGAGAGAGGUUGAGUUCUUGCCCGACUAGAUGCGCAGGCGUUGCAUUGCAUCAACCAAUGGUUGCGUGCUACGCCAUCGACUGUGCAGUCAGGCAUCAGAUUGCUAUAUCAUAUGUGGUUAGCUAAUAUGUUAAAUACCUAUCCAGGCGUGGUAUGAUCUGGCAUGCGUCUGCGAUGUAGUCGGACAGUAACUCGACCAGAACCUCAGUGUAACCAUGGAGACAUCUGCCCAAUUCCAAAUUGACCCCUAACUCCCCACCCACACACUUCCCGUCCAUCCUUCUCACACACUUGGUCCGUGGUUCUCUGUCUGUCCCUCAACAGGAGACUGAGAAGGACCAGCUGAGGUUCAACUACCAUGUCCUGCUGCAUGAAAUGAUUUCCCAGGUAACUAAAACAUUCUGCCAUCUGUCUUAACAGAACUCGGACGUCAUGUUUAUUAUUAUUAUGGAACAUUCUUGUGUGUGCAGGAGAUCAUCCACUGGAAGCUGUUAGUCACCUGGUCCCCAGAACAGGGAGUUAAAGUCCUGCAGACUGAGCUGCAGCCAAAGUGCCACGACUGUGAGGCUCCUCCAAACACCACCAACUGAGAUACACACAUGGCAAAAUACUCCACAGCCUUACUCAAGUACUGCAAAGAAGAGUAUAGCACAUCUUUCUUAGUACUUGAAUGAAGGGUAAAGCCACACUUUCUACCUGCUUUGAAAAGCUGAGCUUUACACAUCACACUUGUCUUAGUAAUUCUGUUUACCUUCACCACUACUGCUUCAGAGGAGAGGAUAGGGCACAUGUCAAUGGCCUUACUGCAUCUAUGCCAAUGCACUGCUUUUACUGUGUCAGCUUGUAAGACUAUUGGUAAAAUAUAACAUGUUUGUAAAAGCUUUUCUUGUUAAUAUACUCUAUUGAUGACAUGAAGAGGUGA